CGACAUUGAUAUGAUUGAUUCAGUAUAAUCCAAUGACAUAUAUUAAAAAAUUAUAUAUACCUAUAAUGGCUAACAAUAGAUUGAAAAAAGGUGUUCUGAACAGUAAAAUUUCAAUAUUUUAUCUCUGUUUUAUGCCAGAUUCGACUGCUAGGAUGUGAUUGUAGUUCUGGUUAUAGGGGCAAAUAGCAAGAUAAUUAAUUUUUUAUCAACUGGAAAAGUAUCAUUCAAAGGUUAAAAUGUUAAACGAUCUGUUAUUUUGCAGUUUUAUCUAUAAGUGUUUUUCAAUUCGAAAUUAGCGGUGAUUCCAAUAAUUUUGCAUUCAUGUUAAAUUGCUUAGGAAAAAAUGCAGCAGGCAUUUGUUGAAUUAAAUAAAGUGCGAACAAAAAUCCUUACCUGGGGCAGAUGGAUUGAGGAGUCCCAACAGGGAACCAAUGAAGUCGUGAUCCUAAUAGUGGGAAAUCCUGGUACAGUAGGAUUUUACGAAACAUUUGGCAAAACUUUAUAUCAACAAUCCAAUAUUCCUGUAUGGUGUGUUGGGCAUGCUGGUCAUAAUUUUCCCACUGAAAACUCUUUUACCAAACUGCCCAAAUUUUCUGAUAACAAAGAAUUGUAUAGUCUAAAAGGUCAAAUUGAACACAAGGUAGAUUUUUUUCGAAAAUAUGUUCCGGAAAAUGCUCAAGUACACCUCAUAGGUCAUUCUGUAGGUGCUUAUAUGGCAUUGGAAAUUCUGGAACAUCCAGAAGUCAAGACUAAAAUUAAGGAUGUUUUCUUGAUUUUUCCAGCCAUUGAACACAUAGCCAAAACUAAAAAUGGCAAAUUUUUAAACACAUUUAUUAGACCUAUUGUAUGGUUUGUAGUGUUUUUAACUUGGAUAUUUACAAAUCUUCCUGAUUGUCUAGCAACAUUUUUGCUAUAUAUUUACAUGUUCAUUGCAAAUAUUCCUAGACAAUUACAUGUUGAAAAUAUAAAGCAAUUUCUCAAACCAGGUAUAGUGAAAAGGGUGCUUUUCUUGGGAAUUGAAGAAAUGGAUUUUGUUGAGGAAAGGAAUAAUGAUGUCAUCAGAAGAAAUGUCAAGAAAGUAAAGUUCUGUUAUGGCCAAUCAGAUAAUUGGACUGAACCAGCUUGCUGGGAAAACCUUAAAGCUGACAUUCCGGAAGUCAACUGUGAAGUUUCUUCUUUCGAGCAUGCAUUUGUUUUUAAUCAGAGUACAGAGGUUGCAUGCAAAUUAGCAGACUGGCUGAAGAAGUAGGCUCAUUUGCUUUAAAAGCAGCACUUUUGGAAAUAAAUCACUGUUGAAAUUGAAA